GCGGAUCUGAUGAACAGCAGAAGCGAUGUGUUUCUGUUUUGUGGGCGCAGUGAAGGCACGCUGACGGGAAUAUAUAUAUAUAUAUAUAUCUGCGGAUGAAAGGCUGCAGUGCCGGUUACAAUUAACGCUCCAGACUGUCACAGAGGGAGGAUUGCUUCUUACAAAAAUGACUUCGAGAGUCACCACCUUGUAUUUGCCACAGUGGAAAGCUGGCUUAAUGAGCAUUCGAUGUUUAUAUCUGUCAGCCGCCAACGCUUUUAAAGUGUGUAAGACGUGCGAUGUAGAGGAGAACAUGAUCCCACUUUUUCUUGGAGCGGAUUUAUUCUCAAAAACAGGAAUUCGCACAGAGAAUCACCCAAGGUUUCAUGCAAAAUUUGCAAAGAAGGGAUUGGCUACUAAACUUAUUUUUUCUGCUGAGUUCCGAAUUCAUGGAUUGAGGCUAGCGAGCGGAGUUAACAGCUUGUGGUUUUACAGUAUUCAGGGGUUGUUCCGUGUUGCUUUUGAAAUGUACAGCAAAGAGGAACAGCUGUUGGUCUUAGAAAACUUCCAGGAGCUGUGGAGAUCUAGAAUAAAUGAUGGUCUUCUCAACCAGUCGUACAACAUGGAGUUACUGUUGGGUGGGAUGCAAACACAAGAUGUUGUUGGACACUACAACCAGGAGUGUUUGACCAAGUUACGGAUAGAAAACGUUUCAGACUUAAUAGAAUACGAAACAGCAAGUGAGACGGAUCCCAUUGUUUCAUGUGAAGUGACAGCGCCUCUCUCGAAUUACACUCAGUUUAAGGUUGACCAUACCUACUGCAGGCCAGAAGAUGGUGAUGCUGAAAAAUCUUCGAGCCCCCAACAUCAGGUUUCACGAAAAAUCAAAACGUUAGAACAUUUGUUACAGAACCCAGUUACAGAUAUGCAGAAAGAAAAAUCUGGAGUUGUCCUGCUUUUGCUGGACUGUAUAGAUGAACUAAUAAGCAAAGUCACCAAUGAAGAGGAAGUGUCAGAUAUUAUAUUGCAGAUUUUAAAGGCUGUAUAUAAAUUAUACCAAGAGCAAAACCCUGAUGUUACUUCGGCUUACAACAGCCCCUUGCUUCAUACAGUUAGCAGCUGGCUAGGACAGCAGUUCAGCUCUGCGAAUUCCUGCAUUAGCAAACAAAUUGAGGAUUUCAAAGUAAACCACAUAAAUAGGAUUACAGAUCUGCCACCAGCAGAGGAGCUGGUUAGCGAGCUGUUUCCUGAGUCUAUGAGGGUACUGUUAAUGAACUGGAUGGGUCUAAGUGAUGACGCUGCUUCAUGGAAACGGCACAGUGAAUAUCCCAUACUGCUUCUCAUAUUAGAAUUUGCUAAUCACAACCUUAUUACUGGAGUUGCACAUGUAUUAUAUUCUAGUUUAAUAUGCAAAUAAACACCAUGGAAAUUAAUGGUGUUUUGUGAACCCCCCCCAAAAAAAAAAAUAAAAAAAUUAAAUGGUGUGUAACUAAAAAAAAAAAAGUGUGUGUGAUUGUGGCAGAAAGAGUAGUCCAGGAGCAGUUAAAGGACUACAUCUCUCAGAAUGCCACAGAAGCGAGCCAGGAGGCUGUACACCUGGCUUCCAUCAGGGUAAUGAAGCCCUGCAGUCAGGGCUGUGUGCCAGGCCCCAUGUGUGGAGUGAUGAAAAGGUAGUGUGCAAACCUUUUUGUUUGUGUGUUGGAAGAAUUGUUUUUGUAACUGGGAAAAACGGCUUAGCUGUCCAGUGUUUAGUUUAGGAAACUACAAAAGUUUAGUUAGUGCUCCAAGACAGUUCGUUUUUGUAAAUAAUGAGAGGGCAAACUUACUGAAAAACUUAAAUCUUGUCUUGAAUUAUUGGGAAAUUCUACUUCAGGUUUUCCUAUAACCAUUAAAAUAUUUGUUACUCAAAUCUGAUAUCAAGUGUAUAAGGUGGCACAUAGUAUGGAUGCUUAAGUUACUGACUUGUUCUGUUGUAAAGAUGUAAUAUUUUAUGACCUGAACAAAAAUGAACAGUACUUUUUUAAUAAAGCAAUGCUGAGAUGUAAAACAUCUACUGGUGUAGUUUUAUGUAGGCCUAUU